AUUCGAAUGAAGAGAUAUCCGCAGUAUUCAGUCAUUCGAAAGACGUAUCUAUGCACGGAUGAAACAUGCGAAGUAUUAAUAUGCUCACUUUGUUACUUAUCGUAUUUAUUAUUGGAGUUAACACGAGUGAUAAUAUUGGAGAAUAUAGUUCACUAUGGCAUUAUAAGUGCGAGGGUGGUCUCUGUAAGAAGGAGUUAAUCACAAAGGAUGUAACUGAACCCACUUCGUUGGAAGUAUGCGAACUGUUUUGUGGUGCAUCCAGUUCUCUGUGGCCAAAACCAACUGGUCACCUGUCUUUGAGCAAGAAUAUGGUUCAGCUUAAUCCAGAUAAGAUUUUAUUAGGCGAUGUACAAACUGGGACACAAAUUGAAUAUCUUCUUGAAAGGAAUAUAUUUUUAUUAAGAAAUGUUGUAAAGAACAUUGGCGGCAAAUUAGCAAAUGGUGGCGGGGUGGGCAUGCUUAUUCAAUGCAAGGGUUAUCUCGAAGAUAACAACAUUAAAUUGACCUUGCACACGGACGAAAGCUACAAUUUAACUGUAGCACAAACGAAUAAAACGCUACUGGAAGUAACGAUUAUAGCGAAAUCAUAUUUCGGUAUACGACAUGCUCUGGAAACAUUGAGUCAAUUGAUCGUUUUCGACGAUUUACGGAAUCAGAUUCAAAUUCCGAGUGAAAUGGUGAUUGUUGAUGGCCCUGUGUAUCCUUACCGUGGCGUGCUAUUGGAUACUAGCCGAAAUUUCAUUGACAAGGCAACGAUAUUGCGAACGAUCGACGGCAUGGGCAUGUCCAAAUUAAAUACGUUGCAUUGGCACAUUAUCGAUUCUCAAAGUUUUCCUUAUGUUAGCAAAACAUGGCCGGAAUUUUCAAAAUUUGGUUCUUAUGCAGCUGACAAGAUUUACAAUCAAGAAGAUGUGAAGGAAAUUGUUGAAUACGGCCUUAUUCGCGGUGUUAGAGUAUUACCGGAAUUUGAUGCCCCUGCCCACGUGGGAGAAGGGUGGCAAUGGAUUGGAAAUGAUACAGUUGUUUGUUUCAAAGCACAAUCCUGGAGAAAUUACUGCGUUGAGCCACCUUGCGGUCAAUUGAAUCCGACUAAUGAGAAAGUAUACGAAAUUCUCGAAGGAAUAUAUAAAGACAUGAUACGGGAUUUUCAACCAGAUCUGUUUCAUAUGGGUGGAGAUGAAGUGAAUAUAAACUGUUGGAAUUCUUCAGCCGUUAUUAGAAAUUGGAUGCAAACUGUAAAAAAUUGGGAUCUAUCAGAAUCAAGUUUUUAUAUGCUCUGGGAUUAUUUUCAAAAAAAGGCAAUGGACAGGCUGAAAAUCGCUAACGAUGGAAAGGAGAUACCUAUCAUUUUGUGGACUAGUGGCUUAACCAACGAACAAAAUAUUAAAUAUUUGGAUCCUAAGAAGUAUAUCAUUCAAGUAUGGACAACCAAAGAUGAUCUUAGUAUUGGUAGAUUGUUACGAAAUAAUUUUAAAUUAAUUAUUUCUAAUUAUGACGCUCUCUAUUUAGAUUGUGGUUUCUCAGCUUGGGUAGGCGAGGGUAAUAAUUGGUGUUCUCCUUACAAAGGAUGGCAGAUCGUUUAUGACAACUCUCUUCUGAAAAUGAUCAAAUUGCAAAAUCUCGAGAAUAAAAAACAUCUUAUAUUAGGAGGUGAAACAGCUCUUUGGACGGAACAAGCCGAUAGCGCCUCAACUGAUACGAAAAUUUGGCCUAGAUCCGCAGCAUUUGCUGAGAGAUUGUGGGCAGAGCCCAAUUCAACUUGGAUUCAUGCUGAAUAUAGAAUGCUGAGACAUCGAGAACGAUUCGUAAAAAGAGGAAUCUCUGCUGAGACCUUACAACCUGAAUGGUGUUUGCGAAAUCAAGGACACUGUUACGAUUAAUCUGUCCUUAAAAAAUGAAUGAACAAAAUCGUUUACUUCUUUCCUUCCUUUCUUUUUUCUUUUUCUCUGAUCCUAUCGAUUUUGAUUAACACUUCAAUUAUAUAUACAUAAUAUGUAUUUGCUUAUGUGUGAAUAUAUAUAAACAUAUAAUUGUUUGUUUAUAUAACAGUAUAAUAUUAAAUAAUUCAUAAUUUUA